AAGUCGCACUUUCCUCCCUCCUUCUUGAGCCCGUACCCUUCACGAAUCAAAUAAAAGGAGCGACCCCCUCCUCCUUCCUCCUAUCUCACGUUACCAAUCGAGGACUUCUCGAUUUUCUGUUUCUUUAACAAACAAACCCACGAUUCUCUUCCUUCGUUUACAUCCAGAGCAUACAAAGUAGUCAAAGUGUCUGGAUAUGUGCAGUGGUUCAAAGAGUAGACUUUCCUCCUCAAGCUUUGGGAUGGAAGGUGAAUUUCAGAAACAAAACGAUGAGUUUUUCUGUGAUUGCUCGGUUUUGCUUGAAUUGUCUGCCAUGGAUGAUCUCGAGGCCUUCAGGAGUGAGGUAGAAGAGAAGGGUCUUGACGUCAACGAGGCAAGCUUUUGGUAUGGUAGAAGAAUUGGGUCGAAGAAGAUGGCUUUCGAAAAGAGGACACCACUUUUGAUUGCUGCCAUGUUUGGUAGCGUUAAGGUUUUGAAGUAUAUGAUUGAGACAGGUAAGGUUGAUGUCAAUAGGGUAUGUGGUUCAGAUAGGGUCACUGCACUCCAUUGUGCCGUUGCUGGUGGUACCAAUGCCUCAGUUGGGAUUAUUAAGCUCUUGCUUGAUGCAUGUGCGGAUGCUACUUGUGUUAAUGCUAAUGGAAAUAAGCCUGUUGAUUUGAUUGGCCCUGCGUCGAGGUCACCGUCCAAUUCAAAUCGGAAGGCAAUUGAGUUGCUGCUUAAAGGCGAUGUUUCAAUUGGGGAAAGUGAUCAAAUCACAACCGAAGAGGAAGAUCGGCAGAAGAUAGCAACGCCUCAGCUCUCGAAAGAAGGAGUUGAGAAGAAAGAAUACCCUAUCGAUGUAUCAUUGCCCGACAUAAAUAAUGGGAUAUAUGGGACAGAUGAGUUUAGGAUGUAUACUUUCAAGGUGAAGCCUUGCUCUAGGGCAUACUCCCAUGACUGGACUGAGUGCCCUUUUGUCCAUCCUGGGGAGAAUGCUAGGAGAAGAGACCCACGGAAGUACCCCUAUAGCUGUGUUCCAUGCCCGGAGUUUCGGAAAGGCACAUGCCAAAAGGGGGAUGCCUGUGAGUAUGCACAUGGUGUUUUUGAGUCCUGGCUUCAUCCUGCCCAAUAUCGAACCCGGAUUUGCAAGGAUGAGACUGGGUGUGCGCGUAAAGUCUGCUUCUUUGCUCACAAGGCCGAGGAAUUGCGCCCUGUGUAUGCUUCCACCGGUUCAGCUAUGCCUUCACCUAAAUCUCAUUCGGCUGGUGGACUGGACAUGACAGUGAUGAGCCCAUUGGCUCUCAGUUCGUCAUCUAUGCCGAUGCCUGCUACUUCAACACCGCCCAUGUCUCCUCUGGCAGCCGCCUCAUCUCCCAAGAGUGGGAACAUGUGGCAAAACAAACUUAACCUCACUCCACCUGCAUUGCAGCUCCCUGGCAGCCGGCUAAAGACUGCUUUGAGUGCUAGAGAUCUAGAUUUGGAGAUGGAAUUGCUUGGCCUAGAAAGUCAUGCUAGCCAGCAGCAGCAAUUGAUUGACGAGAUAACCCGUCUCUCAUCCCCAUCCCCAUCCCCAUCCUACUGGAACAAGGAAUUCAAUCGGAUGGGAGAUUUGAAACCUUCUAACCUUGAUGAUAUUUUUGGGUCUCUUGAUUCUUCUAUGUUGUCCCAGCUGCAAGGGCUUUCCAUAAAACCCACAACACCCACCCAGUUACAAUCUCCAAAUGGGCUUCAGAUGCGCCAGAACAUGAACCAACUUCGUGCAAGUUAUCCGACCAACCUCUCUUCCUCCCCAGCAAGAAAACCCUCAUCCUUUGGGUUUGACUCAUCUGCUGCAGUUGCGGCAGCAGUGAUGAAUUCCAGGUCUGCAUCGUUUGCAAAGCGAAGCCAGAGUUUUAUUGAUCGUGGAGCAGGGACUCAUCGACCUGGCCUUACUUCUGCUGGCAACUCUGCAUCAAUGAUGCCCUCUACUCGUUCAGAUUGGAGCUCACCUGAUGGGAAAUUGGAUUGGGGCAUUCAAGGAGAUGAGUUGAACAAGCUCAAGAAGUCUGCUUCUUUUCGGUUCCGUGACAACAACGUGGCUACAACAACCUUAAUGCAAUCUGGAGUUAAUGAGCCUGAUGUCUCUUGGGUUAAUUCCUUGGUUAAGGAUGUUUCUCAUGAGAGCUCGGGGCAUUUUGGCACCAAGAAGGCGCAGUAUAAUCAUGGCAAUGGGGGUGAGAUUCUUCCUCCUUGGCUAGAGCAGCUGUACAUAGAGCAGGAGCAGAUGGUGGCAUAAGCAACAUAUCUGCCUAAUUUACCACUAGGUUAUAUUAACAAAGUUUGAUAUUCUUUAAAUUUUUUUUUGUCAUUAAGUAUGCAAUAAUCGUAUUUAUAGGAGAGAUGGUCGUAGAGAACAAAGUUUAGGCCAACCGAGGCCUGGAAAUUUGUGCAGGAUGAACAAGUUCCUGCGGAGAUUAGUUCGAAUUUGGAGCAAAGGUGGUGAUUUUUUAAUUUAA